UUGAAAAGAGAUAAAAUGCCAUCUCAUAUUAUGCUCUCUUACCAGUGGGAUGACCAGGCUCUUGUGAAAAAGAUCUACAACCGCCUCAAAGAUGAUGGGCUGCCAGUGUGGAUGGACAUCGAAGGAGGGGUGACAGGGAACAUCAACGACGCGAUGGCUGCAGGUGUGGAGGAGGCUGUAGUGAUUUGUCCGUUCAUGACCAUGGCUUACCAGGCGUCCCGCAGUUGUAAGAAGGAGCUCAACUACGCGGACAGCAGGGAAGUUAUCAUCGUGCCUGUCAUGGUGGAGAAGAACUGGGAUGCCAGUGAGUGGCUGGGACUGAUCACUGCAGGUCUGCUGUGGGUGGACUUCAGAAAUGCAGAAAAUGAUGAGGAGCACUUUGAGAUGUGUCUCAGAUCUCUGGAGGAGGAGAUCAUGUUUAACGCUGGUCACCUCCUGGCAGUGGAGGAACCUCCCAGAGAGGAGGUGGACGAGCCAGAACCAUCAAAACGCUGCCCAAAGAGGAAACCGGGCCGAGGCUUUCGCCACGCCUUCUCAGACCUAUACAUUCAUGACUCAGGUGAGCAGAUAAUCCAUGCAGCUAGUGACAGCAGAAACACAGUGGAGCUCAGCGAGACACCUGGAGAUCACUGCUACUGGGAGGAGAUUAAGGGUAACGGCUGUAAAUACUACAGGAACGUUGUCACCAACAGAUACCUCGGUAAGCACAGAGACUCAUGUUCACUGAACAAGGGCAACAUGUAUGUGAAAAAUGUGGUCUUUAUUAUUAAAUGGAGCAAAAUAAAUCUCACAUUGCAAGCCAGAAAAAAGGGCAAUGUUUGUUUCCAAGUCUAUACAACUUUCAAAUUUCUUUUGACUCGAUACAAAACAACAUUUUUAACGUACUCGUCUUUCCCUCUGCAGGGUUUGACCAAAGCAGUAACCAGGUCCACACUGAGGCCAGUCCCUCUGUGUCUGAAGAGUGGCUGCUUUUGGUGGACCAGACAGACCAGAGUCAUCAGAGAGCUGUCAUCAUCAAGAACAAACACUCAGGGAGGUUCCUGGCUGUCGAAAAUGGCCACCUCGUUGGACUAACAGCAUAUAAUGAAGGCUGCAAGUGGUUUUUAGUGUAAAGCAGACAAAUUGAAAUUUUGUUGUGUUUUUUUUUUUUUUUUUUUAAAUGUGGUCACCUCAAA